UUUUCUAGGUUCAACGAAGAGCGUGAUUUCCAGGGUGGAAAUCACUUUGACCAGUAUGAAGAGGGCCAGUUGGAACUGGAGCAAGCAUCCCUGGACAAGCCCAUCGAAUCGCGAAUUGGCCCCUAUUAGCUAAGCAGCAAUGACCCGGUUUGUAUUUGCACGCUCUGCUUUCUUACUCCUAUCUUUAGGGUCCUUGUAACGCUUCUCUGACUUUUUCUCUCUCUCUCUGUUUCACUACUGUCACACUCUACAUCUAUUCUCUCUCUCUCUCUCUACCUCUGUUUCUCUCUCGCUCUCUCCCUACUACACAGUGAUUCGGUGUACAGUACCCUCUGUCAUUCUGUGCUGGCAUGGUGCUUGUGCAACUGGGACUGCAUUUUUCGCUGAAGAGGCACAAAGAUAAUAGCGCAGGCAGCUCUCUUCUUUCUGUCUUUCCCACUCUCUCCAUCCCCCCCUCUGUCUCUGAAGCAACGUGGUGAGCAGGCCCAAACUCCUCUUACCUACACAAUGACUGGUCACCUCUCCUCAACUUUAUGGAUGUGCUUUGUGAGCCAAUUAGAUAGGAUCAGAUAAUUAAAAAAAUAUUUAAAAAAUGGUGUAGCUGGUUUUCCAAUCUGAAACAGAUUAAUUAAACAUUGAAGUAUAACUAUAUAAAAGCACUAACGGAAUUUUUAAAAAAAGGUUUCCUCAGAGAUAUAUUUACACAAUUGACAUGACAUUAAAAAAAAUCUUUUUUCAAAAUUCUAAACAUUUAAAUCAAUUACAUUAUUUUUUGGAUUAAAUAAAGUUGAUGAAUUUUAAUAUUCAGGACACUUAAAAAAGCUCCUCAGUAUCAGCCGUAACCACAGAAAUAUGCCGUUCUAUGAGUUCUUUAAAUAAGUAUCUCCCUCCUUCAUUUUAACUGACUAAGUUACUUUCCAAUGCCAAACUUUGCCAGGGAAAAUAUAAACAUAGGCUCCUUGAGUCUGCAAAACCAAAUCGUUUUGUACAAUUUUGUGGAGAUACAGGUGCAUUAGUAUUUAAUUGAGUCUAUUUUAUAACCAGUUUAACACUUCUUUAAGUUGCUUUAAAAUUUCUAGUAAUAAUAUAUACUCGUACUACAAAUUAAUAUAUACACACUGCAAAUGAAUGUCGUCCUUAUGGAACAUAAUAAUAAUAAUAAUUUUCAUACUCUCCUCCUUGAAAGGGAAAAAAAACACAAUUUCUGUUACUUUUCAAACUGUGUAACAAUAUUUAUAGCCUGAACACAUGUUUCCCAUCACUAGGAUCUAGAGAACAUUAAAAUUUGACAUCCUGGUUGAGUUUUCAUGUAUGACGUAGUUUCUCACAGGCACAUAAACAUCCCACUGUGUGUGGGUGGUGGAGGUGGAGAAAAGAAAGGAAGAGAGAGGUGGCCUGCUCACCUGGCUUGAGUGGCUCUUUUGCUCCUGCGCUAUUAUUUGUGGAGGGGCGCUGAGGGCCGCGCUGCUGCAUCACACAGCUCUUCACACAUGCAUGAAAACAUGGCCACAGAAACUUUCACUCUGUCACCAAUAGUAGUACACACCUUAUAUAUUCUCUUUGGAAAGUGCAUGUCCAAAGACUAAGGUGGCAGACUUUUCAUCCACAGGCAAGUAACUGAAAGUUUGCCACCAAUCAAAACUGUUAAUCCUUAAGACCAUUUUAGAGGAUUUGGUAACACCCAUCAUUACAUCAGGUGCAUUUUAAUAAUACAAAUGACACAGUUACUGUUUGAAAGGUACCAACAUACCAGCCAAAUACCUCACUGCAGACAAGGAGAAUUUCACCUACAUCUGUUUGGCCUUACAUGACUUCCAGGUGUGAUUUACAGUUGAUGGAUAUCUAAAACGGCAGAUUAAAUGUCAAAACACAUUACAUACCAUAUGUGACCAUGUUGUUAGGUACACAUAGGCCUCUGUGGUGCAAACCUCUGGCAUUUGUCCACAAGUGUUACAUCUGGGAUCUGUGGUGAAUGCUUCCGCCCAGCUUCUCGGAGCCCCUCCCCUGCCACUUAUUGUGUGUGAUCUAUAGGCAGCUAGAGGUCUGUGGUACUUUAUUGGGAUCUUUUUUCUCUUUCUGUCUUUCCCCUUUGGUCUUUGCUCUUUCUCUCUAACAUUGUUUUUGCAUUGCAUGUGUUUAACUUGGUAGAUUCAGUACUAUUUUAUCUCAACACUCUGUCCUAAUCACUACUACAGAUUUCCUCCCAGACUCAUCCCUCCCACGUCCUUUGCCCCUUCCAGUCCCUCCAACCAACCUUCCCUCCUCCCCUUCUCAACCUUGUCUGAGAGCGAUAUGCAGCGGGCAGCCUCAGAGCCACAGAAACCACACACACACCAGAAAUCUAAAACACAUGUUAACAGACCACAGGAAGUUUUUUUUCUCCGUUAAAAGUUAUUUUGUAUUUCUGUUCAGUUACCGAGAGCCAUCAGGUUUCGGGUAGUAGUGUAUCAGCUGUUAUUGAAAUGAAGUUUAUAGCCUUAUUUGCAUUAUAGCCAGACAUAAUUUGACCCAGCUGUUAUGACUGGAAUAUGCUGAAUAUAGUUUACCAAAAUGCUGAAUAUAUGUUUAGUUGUUUUCAAUAGGUUGUGGCAGUGCAUCACAGCGUAUUUCAUCUGAUUUAUUUUGGUGUAAUUUAUUUGUAUUUAUUAUUUGUAUGUAUUGAAGAUAUUUUUUUGGUUUACAGUAGUGCACUUAUGUUACAAUGUAGUUGAGCUUAAUUGUUUUUAUCUCAUUUAUUUUUAAAUUUUAUAUAAUGUAUUUAAAUGUGUAUAUACCGGUACAUAUAAUUAUACACUUUUUUUUUAGUUCAGCAAAUGCACAAUGUUAUCAAAUUCAAAGAGUAUGCGUGUUAAAUAACUGUAAUCUCAAUACUGACCAAAAUAAUUAUGAUUUAGAUUUUAGCUAUAGAUGAGUAGAACUACUAUUGGUUGGGAUGACGAACACAAAGGUCAAAUCCAGUCCUUUAAAAAAUCCUGACCCACAUUUUUACGACACUGCAAGCUCUAUUUAGCACCGUGUUAAUCCAGUGAGCUGCAGGGGUGAUGGGUUCAAGGUCAUUGCUGAGGCCCUCGAAAUGAUUUUUUUAAGCUUUACUUCAAACUCAGUGGGUGUAACUGUCUAUUUAAUGACAUUGGAGGCCCCUUCACACUUCUUUAGUACACACUUCUCUGUCUUUACGUAACUACAAUUUGAUAAACUUCCAGUUGAUGAAUUGGGUCUUCAGAAUUAUAAGGUAAGUAUGCAUUCUUAAAAUGAUUACAUUUAGACAUCUUUUAAUAUUAAUUGGACUCUGCUUCUCUUUCAUCUCCUCAUCACUUAGUUAAUAAACUCUUCAAUCCCUUCAUGUUCAAUCUGAGACAACCACACUUCACCUCCAUUUACUGGGAAGUGGGAUAGUUCUGUUUUAGUUGUUUGGCUCUUGAGGCACUGAGACAGUUGUUUCCAUUUAGUCACACCUGCAAUAUCUGAGACUGACCAGGAAUGUACAGAUCCCCAAACACAAGGGAGCAGCAAGAGUUUAUGAGCAGCAGCAGAAAGCAGCCAAAAAAACAUUCCUCAGGAACUCGAGAGAGGAUGAUGAGUUACUGCAGCAGCUUUCUUUUUGCAAGACCGAUCCCUAAAGGGUCGGUCUCAGUUUACUUUUCAGAACAUGUAAAAUCUCAAAUCUGUUUUUAGGUGCAGUCAUCCGAAGAAAAUUAUAUAAACUAUGUGUUUAUUUUGGUUAAGUCACUGAAAUACAUUAAUAAAACUGUUCCUUGGCAGUCUGAACCAAAGCAACUACUUAUUCUAUCCAGACAGAGACUCACACAAUCACCCAUACUUGACACAUAUAAAUGGCUGCAUGGACUGAAGCAAUAAGAUUAAUAAAUACUCUGAGGUCUCUAGGUGGGGUCCCCUGCAUAUCACUUCCCUUACCCACAUCUUUUGCCAUGCACUGUGCCGAUGACGGCACAAUGCACACUUGUAAAAACACCCCUACUUGUAGAUCUCUUUUGUUUGGAUAACAUUUUCUAUUUUUCUUUCUCCUGUAUUAACAGCCAGUUGGUGGAUUUAUUGACAUGCCUACCUUUUCUGUUUGUAUACAGUAUUAUGUUUGUUUAAAAGCAGAGAGAGAUUUGCAUUUUUUAAGAACUUAGAGAAGCUAGCAGAAUUGCAGUUGAAAGCGUUUGGCCGGUUUCUUACGUUGUGUCACGUGUGACUGUUUUUUUGACAGCCCAGUAUUUUAAAGCCAGGUUCGUAUGGAAAUGCCUUCACUCCACUUGCACUGCUGUUGGACUCGCCGUCGUUGCUUUCAUCCGUCUGUCUGUCUAUUCUUUUGGUGCACUCAUCUGUUGUUCAACAUGCAGUCUGCACCUCAUCUCUGCCCUCUAACCUUUGCUAAGCCCAUUUUGAACUAAUCUCUUUAUUAGUGUCAGCAGUUGCAACUGAUGCCUCAUCCAACCUGCCCUCCUUUUUUUUUAAAUAUAUAUAUAUUUUAAAUCUCAAAUAAAAAAAGAAGCUUUGUUACAUGAAACACGUUUAAUUUAAGUUAGGUCUUAUAUUCUCUUAAGCUUUCAUUUUGUAGCUCUUGGUCAGACUUUUGUGAUGAAAAAAUAAGCAAAUCAGCUAACAAGGAUUGAGAGGAGGCCGAGCAGAGUAUUUCCCAGGCAGCUAGUUUAGGGUGCAUUUUAUUUUCCUCCUUGCUCCAACCCUCAGAGAUCAGCUAAUCCCCCAAAUCAAUAUAAAUGUUCAUGUGUAGAGAGUUGCACCAUAAUACUGCAGUAAGGGACAGAAGCAUACCCAAUGUUGAAGGGAGGGGAGGUGUUCACUGCAGCAAAUUCUGCAGUGUUUUUCCUCCACAAUGAAGUCAGGGGACAUGUUGUCCACUAGGCAGGAGGCAACACUGUCAGCCAUAUAGCCAAUUAUUCUGUGCAUCUUGUGACAUGUCCAGAAACUUCUACGCUUUAAUGUCCAAGUUAUGUAUUGAAACAGGCAGGCUGUACCCAGUUCUCUAACCACCGUGUGCACAGAUUCCUGCCUUAUCUCAUCCCAUCCCACAGUGGAAGGGAUCUGACUGUCACAAGGAGUAAGCACAGCUUGUACAUCCAUGAAAUGGGUGCGGGUGGGGGGGUACCAAACCCAAACCUAAACAGAAACAGGAAGUGAAGCUGUUAAGCCUCUCACUUUGGAGGCAAACAUCAGCCAGUUAUUCUUGAUAUAUUUAUUCUUGUCAGCGGGAAGGUAGAAUUUCAUUUUUUUUCAACUGCCAUGCUUUUAGAAAUAUUAAAUGGGGCAAAGGAAGGCAACAGUUUCCUCUGAAAUACCAACAGUGGUUGACAAAUGACUGAUGCCAAAUGUACCCAAAAUGAGACCUUGAGGGCGGAGAUGCAGUGUGUGCUGUGUGUGUGACUACCACUCCCCUUCACAUGCACUAACCCAUUCAAGCCCAGCUCACCUCCACCACCCCAGAAACUCACCUCCACCAUGGCUCAGCCUGCUCUGUCCUGCCCCCUGUCCCGACCUCCUCUUUUGUCAAAGAGAACUAAUUGAGCCCUGUUGAGCCAUCACCUUCCUCUCUGUGCCUGAUCCACCCGAUACUAACACAGUUGGAGUUCUGUUAACCCGCCCUCCACCCACAGCCCGCCCCAUCCCUCUGUAUGUGUACCAUUCACAGUGCGCUACUAACACCGACGAUCCUUUUUGUUAAAAACUCUUUAACAAAAAGCUGCAUGCUGUUUUGUUCCAACACCUUCACUUUCUGUUUGUGAAAGUUGAUGUCAAUCUCUUUGUGAUUAUAAAUAUCCUUUUUGUUUGGUUUGUAUGUUUUAUUUUGGUAGAAUGCAGCACUCUGGUGAAUGUUAGACAAGCUUGGAAUAGUUAUAAUCACAACAGAAAAACACUGCUUAUUAAGAAAUCUCAUUGUUUCCUGUUUAUUUGUGCUUGAGGAUGUACUGUAGUGUGUAGUGGUGGGACGGUCUUGCAUUUCACUUAAUGUUUUUGUUUUCUUGCUGACCCAUACUAGUGAUAUAACGGUCUCAGACAUGCACAUUUGGCCCCAGAGUGUGCUAGGACUUCCUGUUGUGUAUGUUCUCGCACUCCUUGUUGCCUCUUUGGUUCAUUAUCAGUUGCCUGAUCUUGAGUGGAAGGCGUCACUGCAGUUAUUUUAUCUUAUGCUAGCUUAAAACUACCUUGCAUUUUGGUAAAGACCAUCAACUCCAUAAAGAAUAUUUUUAUAUUUAUAAUUACUAAUGAUAUCUACAGAAAGGUUUACGUCCAAAUGUAUUACAAAUUUUAACCGGAUUUCAAGAUAAUCGGCACUGCUUCUAUCCACAAAAUUUGAUAAAGAUACGAACGGAGCCUUUUGUUCGUAGUCGCAUUUUUGCAUGUUUUCUGAAAGCGUAUGGAGAUGGACAAAAUGGAUUUGUACCACUGUAAAAGUGGUAAAGGUUUACCAAAAAAGUAAGCAAGUCAAGUCUGUUGGGACCUGUCGCAGUAAUUGCAAUAUCGACAUAUUUAGUUAUGGUAUCGUCUGAUAUCGCCCAUUGUCUUUGCAUAUGUGUUUGUUUACACAAGAAUGUCACCAACAUUUUGGCCAAAACGAUGCCAUAAAACGGCAGCAAUUUCUGUCUUAUAACGGUUUAAAACGAAAUGCAUUCACACGGUUGGAACCAGACCAUUGAUAACAGACCAGAGAUGCUGGAGGUGUCCAAAAACAUGCACAACAGCUAUUUCUAGUAUAUCUAAUGGGGCUACAUGCACAAAAUGUCUCCCUCUCUUCACCUGCACACCUACAUAUCCCCUCACACGUGCAUAUUCUGUCCACCCUGGGCCUUGUAAUGGUAAUCCAAGGCCCACUAGCUCCACUUCUGUCUCUUCCUCUCGCUAUAUUUUUUUUGUGACAGCUGCAUAUGUUUCAUGGUGCUCCCCUUGUCAUGGUUGCAGAAUCACAGCAAGCUUGGAGUUUCUGGUCUUCGUUUUUGUUGAUGCAAGAUUUCCAUAUACCUGUUCUGUGUCACUUUUCUUUGUGUACUAAGAUCUUGCUCUGUAGUGGUUCAUAUAUGUAUGCGUGUGUGAUACAUAUAUCGCCCCCUCCUUCCUCCCACUCCUCUUAAUUCUCAGUUAGUGGAUGUGACUUGAUGUACUAUCUUCAUCAUAAAAAAAAAAAAUAGAAAUGCCCAAUUUCUUUGCCUUAAAAUAACUGCACUCCUACUGUAGGAGAACAUCCUGUAGUUCACAGGCUACACAUAGUAUUCAUCAUAGUGGUCCUCUGAGUCCCCCACCCUCUAUCUCCCCACCCCCAACCGCCCUUACCACUCCUUGUGCUGGAAGACACUGAUAUUACACGCUGUAGGUGAUGUGGAUGACGAUAAUGAUGAUGGUGAUGGUGGUGGUGGUUGUGCUGAUGAUGAUAGCGUGAUCUGAGUGUUUAUUUUGUUUUUGUUUGUUUGUUUGUUUGUUUUUUGAUCAGUACCCAACGGGGAAAAGCUCCUCUUAUUAUUGGAAUAUUUUUGGUUUUUUUCUCCUCUGUUCUCUCUGCUAGGAUAACAUCGGGCACCGGCUGCUUCAGAAACAUGGCUGGAAGUUGGGGCAAGGACUUGGCAAAACCAUGCAGGGUAAGGAUUCACUCUUCUGUACACUUAAGUUCAAUGUAUGCUGGUGGUACUGGGCCACCACCCUCUGUCAUUUUCUUUCCCCUCACAUUUCCAGGGCUUUUUCUUCUUUUUUUUUGGUAUCGGCAAUUUUUUUUCUUCUUUCUUUCUCUGAUCUUUCCCUUUGUGUCUGAGUAAAAUUUAUUUUUAUUUAAAAAAUAUAUUAUUCCAGUUGUUCCUGUUGUUCUCACGCUGCUGUUCCCUCGAACUUAAAGGGCGAGGAGAAUGUUCUCGAGGCCUUGCAAAGGAUUACGACUGAGGGCAGGGACCCUGGGGGUUGGGAGAUGAAAGUAAAAUGUUUAUUUAUCUUUCAGUUUGUAUUUAGUUUCCAGGAAUUCAGCUUAAAUUGAGCAAGCCCCCCCCCCCCUUCAAAAUCCCAGUUUGAUUGGAUAAAGUUUUGUUCACAUUUGUUCACAUUCAGUUGUUUUAGCCAACCAUCUCUGAAGAAAAAGUGGUUAUGGACUUAUGGAUUGCUUAAGUGCCGAUCUUACUCUGACCCCUGGUUAAAAACAAACAACAAACAUCCUCUGAUCAGCUUACAUUGUCCGGUUAUAUUUUUGGUUACGGAAGCUAUAUGUUGUUUCUCUCAAUGGACAUGGGUCUCUAAUUUUCUAUUUUGGCAGGGAUGCUGAGAAGAUGACAAACAGCACAUUGACUCUAACAUAAACAACCAAGCAAACAUGAUAGCCAGAAGUCUGUCCAACAUGGCUCUCUCUUUGCAGGAAUGCAAAGCACUUGAAUUAACAGGGCAAGACCUUUCUUGGGCCUUGUCUGUGCCAGUUGUAUUUACAAGUACAGAACAGGCCCCUUUGGCAAUGACAUUGGACCCAAUUCAAGACCAGGGUACACUAGGCAGUCUGGAUUUGAGACUGUUUGGAUUGUGUCUUAACCCUCUGAACCCCAAGCAGUUUCAGGGCCUUUUUAAGUCCGGUUACAUUUUACUCACCGUGGCCUUGUUUUGACUAUAAUAUAUAGAAGUCCCGUGCCUUUAUGGAAACAACACAACCAUGGCUUAGGGCUGGGCGAUAUGGACCAAAAGACAUAUUCCGAUAUAUUUAGGCUGAAUAUCGAUAUAUGAUAUAUCCCGAUAUUUUUAUCGCAAAGUGACAUCAAUUGUUCAGUCAAAGCCAAAUAUGACAUGUCACAAGUAGUUUUAUUGAAACCCUUUUAUUUAAGUAAACAUUAAUACUGUAUUACAACAGGAGUACCAUUUAAAAAAAAAAAAAAAAAAAAAAAAAAAAUCAAAACUCCAUAAAGUGCACAUUUAAAUGAUAAAAUAUCUUAAAUUAAAAUAGCCUAUGAGAUAAAAUAGGCCAAUCUUUUUCUGAAUGAGAAAAGAAUAAAGAACAUUACAAAAGAACAAAAUAUGACAAACCCUAGUAAGGGCAGCAUAUAUAUAUAUAUAUAUAUAUAUAUAUAUAUAUAUGUGUGUGUGUGAAAAAAUAGAUCUAAUAAUAGAUCUAGGUCUAAUUCCAUUUCACAUUUAGAAAUUUAUCAAUAUAUUUUCAUAUCGAUAUAUCGCCCAGCCCUACCAUGGCUAAUAUCGAAAUUUUUACAACCUCUCUUGUCCUCUGCUCUUUAAGCUCCUUAAGUCGGAGUUCCACUGAAUAUUUGUGGUUACUAUUGGUCUCAGCAAAGUCAUUAAUGGCUUCCUAGUUCCUCUGAGGAAUGCAGAAUUUAAUGGGUUUUUUUUAUAGGAUCUGGUUAGUGCAAAUGCUUUAUUUUUGACCAAUUUUUAAUGUAGAAUGAAGUGAUUUUGAUGUUCUUUAACUUCCUAAAGCUUAGAUUAAAUAACUUUUGCUGAUGGAAACGGAUGUUGUUGGUUAAAAAGAUGAGACUUUUAUGUUUUUACACUUUCUGGCUAUGAUAAGUGGUGCACUUUUGGCAAUUAUUUGUAAAAGAAAAAAAGCCUUUCAAAUUAGUGAGCAGGUAGUGGUGUUCAGAGGGUUAAGGUUUUAGCAGGCCUGCCAUGUCUUUUUAAAAUUUCUGUAGAACAUUUACUAUGAUCUAUUAAGAUUGUGUCCACUCGAAGUUUUCUCUUAUUGUAAGAGCUAGGAUUGUUGACUUCUUUGAGUGUAGUGAAAGUGAUACCAGAAAAAUGCUGUGUAAGCUCUGUACAGUGAAUUAACUCUGUAAGAUGUAGAAAGCUUUCAACCAGAAAGCUGCAUUAAAGAGGUUUACUUUCUGGAGACAUCUGUAAUUGGAUGGCCCAGUUGAUAUUGACUUGCUGUAAGAGGGAGCAGGCUGAACAGAGCUGAGUGUGUGGGUUGAUCUUGGCUAACAUCAGCAGCUCAUUAGCUCAACCCUGCUUUGCUCAUAGGCUCAUUGUCUCAGAGGCAGUGGUGCAGAGCUCUGGCAUGUUUCCAUUGAGCCUCUUCCUGUCUCUUCACCCUCUUUCCUCCCUUCAUCAGUAUCUUUAUUCUCUCGAGCUUCUUACUUUCCUAACUCCCUUUUCAUAGCCUCAUCCUCCCUUGCACUAUCUCUAUGUAGAUGAUGUAUAGCAUUGUCAAUGAGUGAUGCCAUCACUGGCAGGUCCAUGAGUCAUUGCAGUUUGCUAAGAAUGGAGCUUGUUUUUCUGCAUGAUUUCUGGGAUUUAGUUUGUCCUCCUCCACAGUAUUUUUUUUUCCAAUCCUCUCAGUCCAUCCAUACCAUCUUAACCUAAAAUCUUAUUUUUAUAAUUGCAGUAAUUUUCCUCCAUUUCAUUUCUCAAUUGCAACUCUUGCUCAAGUGCUCUGCUCUCCCUGUAAAAACAGCAGAAACAUGCUCAAUAUCUGAAUUUUAAUGAGAAGCACAACUUCUCUGGCACACGCCCAAGUCAAGUCUAGCACAUGAACAUAUAGGGGCCUGUGCAGAGGUAGCAAAGUAAGUGAGUUCAUCCACAAUGUAAGUCAAAAGAUGCAUUAUUUGUGCUGCUUGAUUUCAUUUGUGGACAGUAGGGCUGGGUUUUUUAAAAACUAUUUAUUGAUUAAAAUGGAUGUUAAAUUUCAUUUUCCAAUACCAAUUCAUACAUUCUGAAAUCGACUUAUAUAAAUAUAUGUAUAUUCCAGCGCCUGUGUGAAGCUUUUUUGGCCAACCUUUCUUCCUGUAGAGGCAUGAUCUUUAACCCCGCUAGUCUCGCGUGACUCUACUGGCUACGUCAGGCAGUUUUAAUGGCACAGGGAGAAAAGAUUAAUGGACUGCGACGUGCAAUCUAAAAAUAAUAUACAGAAAAGAGGUUAAACAAGCUGUCCUUUAUCCACCGCACCAACCCCUCUAUAUUUCACCUCGUUUGCAGUGCUUGCACUUGCUAAGCGUUAGGGUAAGAACAUGAUAAACCCGCCCUUCAAGAUAAAGGCAAACACAUGUAGCUUUUAAAAUAAGAGCUCAUGGAUGUGUUGGCAGAGUCCACCACAUAAUUUACAAGAAGACUGUCAAAAUAUGAUGCCUUAAAAAGAACAUAGUUGAAUUCUCCUUUAAAAUAAUUCAUUAAAAUAUGCAAUGAUUAAGAUGGAAUAGUGGCAUUACAAUGUGUCAGAGGCCACCAAAUUUAGGCUUUUAGGGCUAAAAUUUUCUCUGUGGGAGCAUGCACCUGGACCCCUCUGCUUUAUUCAGGUCCCGCCAUCAUACUCUCAGAAAGUACAGUGCGAAACACUAGUUCUAAAGCUUAAAUUCUAGAGGGAACACUGAUGCUACUAGCUAACGGUAGGUAGCUUCAGUUUCAGCGGUCUACCAGGCCUGCUGCUCCACCUGCUCAGACAGAGAGCCCACAGUAACGUUACUCUGUGAAGCUCUGGAUAGUCAGAACUGUGUGUUCCAACAGCGCUCCGGCACUCAGAGCAAAUUUUAACGGCCAGACAACAAGGUUUUGUUCAUAAAAUUAAGAAAAGUCUACUCCAGGGAAAUUGAAUAUGCACACGUCACCUGCUGGACAGGAGUGUGAAUUACUUUAAUUAUGGUAGAUACCCCCAGUAUGAUGGACGGCCCUCAGAAUAUUCGGUUAAAGCCACCCCUGGUUGGGAGCUGUUCAACUGAGACCGCUGCAGAACCCUAAGGCAGAUGUCUGGUUGCAUUUUGGAUACCACAAAGCUCAGAAUACUGUUCUUAAUGUACAAAUUCAUAUUUUAAUAAAGGAGAGGGUCCCUUGUACAAUUUACAGCAUUAAGUCUUUACAUUUCUAAAUUAAGAAAUUUAUUUCACAUACAAGAGAAAUUGCUAUUGUAACUGAAAUAUAUGCAAUUGAAUUGAACUGGGACCUUGUGAAUCGGAAUUGGAUCAAUUCAAAGAAUCAGUGAGAUCACCCAGCCCUAGUAGACAGCAUAGCUACCUUAUUGUAAAGUCCUUGCCUUCCUCAUGUUUGUGUUUCAAGUAAUAAGAUUUUCAUUUCUCAGACAAAGAACACUGUGUGUGUAUAAGAACUCCUGACUUGUGAGCUGGACUAUAUAGAAACAUAGAGUGGUGUAUGUGCUAAUUCGGAGCAGUUUGACUAAACUAAAGGUUUACCUUAAUGAAACUUUAUGGAGUUGGGCAAUAUGUACAUUUUCCAACCAACCAUUGUCAGCCCAGCAAGUAGCGAUUGCUGGUGUCUUUGUGCAAGUUUGUGUGCUGACCGGAAGAGGAGGAGGAGGAAGAAAUGUGUACCCUUUUCUACAGUUUUAUGUGUGGGGUCAUUUUCACAUAAAAAUGGUGGUCUUAGAUUUAUUUGCCUCAGUGGGGAAAAUAGUCUUACAGGCAAGUACUGAUGUAUAUCACUCCUAUCUUUAUUUGUAUCUCCUCUUCUGAUUGAAGAGCCAUGAUAUAUUGUGGUGUGACAUUUACACAUUAAAUAUUUAAUGUGUGUAUUGGUGAGACUCCAGAGACACACAGACCUGAUGGCUGGCUGUUGAGCUGCGUCAUGGCCUCCUUAGCACCUCUUGUUCAUGCACAUAUAUGGUGUUGGUUCCCUGUUGCGUCGUCUUGUAGGUAUUCUCAGCCUGACGAUGGCCAGAGACCAGAGUAGACCAGGAAGCUGCUUCAUUCUGGGCAGGCUGACAAGUAUAUGGAGAUUCACAACAUGGCAGUAAUUUCUGAGCUUAGUGUUCGGUGUGCAUCGUUGUUUAUUUCUAUCUGGCCUUGAACAGCUGAAUAGCAAUCUAUUUGAUGUGAUAAGGAUUUGUGCUUUGUUUGGAGGAGAGAACAAGUUGCAGGGGCUGACUGUGCUCUUGUUUUCGCCGCUGGCACCACUGAUGUGUGGUUAUGUAAGCAUCCUGCUUUGUUGGCAGAUGAGACUGCGGCAAAGUGUGUCCAGUUGUUGUGUAGGAAUUAAUGGCCCACUGCUGGAGCCCACUAUCUCUGUUCAAAUUUGCUUAAUGUACUUAGGAGUAGGCUUACAACACAAUUGCACCCUUGCAUCACAUUGAAGUUUGCUGGAUAAUCAUUAUAAUCUUCCUCUCUUUCCUGUCUUCUUUGCAAGAAGAGAAGGUUUUUGAAUUUUGAAGUGAAAGCAUUGUGUCCCCUUUUUUAAGUUUUUCACUGUAUUGACUUUGUUCUUAUUCUUCUUUUGUCCUUUUUGCCCCUUUUUAGGUAAGGUUUGUUGGAUCCCCUCUGUAUGUCAGUAUGUGUGUGUGUGGGUGUGUUUUCUUUCUCCCACUCUGCAGUUGACCUCAAUGUAACACCCCUUUUACAGUGUACCAUAGGCUAAUGGCCUCUGUCAGCUUCCUCCUCUUUGCUUCAUAAUCACUAAACCUUUAUUUCAAUCUGCACAAAGAGUAAAGUGCUUCGAUUUGAACAAAGAACAAAAAUCCAUUUUAAAUCAAGGUAGAUUUAGGAAGCCAUGAUUCCAUCACAUUCCUUAGAAUCAUCAUCUCCAUGUAUGUUAGAUUUUUUGUUUUUUCUUCUUUGAGUUUCCGUUGCUGCUGUCGGGUAUCUGAUUGGCUGUAACCACGGCUCAGACUUUGAAUGGCUUGCAGAGUAGACAAGUUUUCCCCCUCUGCUUGUUUGCCUGUUUCUACCUCCAAACCUGUGAAACUUGUGUGUAUGUGUGUGGUCAUUAUGUGGGACUGAGAUGUGUGUGUGUGUGUCUGUUACUGACCGGGCCAUAGAGUCAACUUACAGGGAAAAUCUCACCACCCUUCUACAUCCCCGAAUGUCUCUGUCCCCAUGGUUAAACGCUCCCGUCCUCCCCCUCUUUCUUUGCCCCUCCUGCACAGCAUGUUUGUCCCAGCGGUGCACACCUGCCUGCCUCAAACCGUCACACUCACCUGGGGCUUUAAGCAGUGUUGGAGGUAACACACUGAAUUUUCACAUGAUAGAGUGAAAUUUAACACUCCAGACGGGUGCACAGUUCACAUUUUUUAGUUUAAAUCCACGGCUACAUGGUAAACCAGACCACCGCUCUAAGCACUGCUCAAAGCCUUGCUGGCUCUUUCCUCAGGUACAUUUUAUGUGUCAUGUGUUCACUUGUCUCGGGGUUAAGCACAUAUCAAAACAAGCUUGCUGGCUUUUUGGCUAGCGAGGGAAAUGAAAUAAUCUCAGGGAGAUUGGCUAACUGGGCUGACAAGCGUCUGCGAGGCAAAAAGCUUAAAGGGGGAAAAUGGUGGCCGUCCCUAGAGGCAUCUAUCAUCUCAGACUAGAUAUUUGAGCACAUGUUAAAAAACAGCACAGUAAUUCCUCUGUACCAGACAAUCCAGAAUAGAGCUGCACGAUAUUGAAAAGAACUAACAUUAUGAUUUUUUUUUCUGGGAUAUAUUGUGAUAAAAAUAGCAAAAAGCAGUUUCUACCAUCUUGGGUGGAAUGCUCCCUGAUUAAAAAAAAAAAAAAAAGUUGUCUGUUUGUUUUGGAGUCAAAUAUGUCAAUCUGGUAUAAGAAGGCGAGAACAAUUUAUUAGUAAACACAUUGUUUGUAUAGUUAUGAAUGGUAAUGACAUGCCAAAAAAGUUACACCAACAAAGCAUGAUAAAUGUUUCAAGGUUGAGUAGGCCGUGGGCAUUGCGGAAGACCCUUGACACAAUAAGGACAGGAGCAGGGGACCGUGGCCCUUCCCUCAGGGAGUCAACGAACACUGAGUGCACAGCAGCAAGGUCCUUGCACCUUCGCUGUGGUGAACAUCAAAAAUUAUUUCUGGUUCAUUGUUAAACUGUGGCGUGCUUACUGAAACUAUAUGUAAAUAAUAGGAAACACUGGAUUGCUCAUGGAAAUGAGAACCUUAGAAGAUUUGCUUCUGUAACAAGAUGCAAAAAAGUUGUAGCAUGACCUGUUUGAGUUCAUUUGCCUUACUUGACAUCACACAUCCUGUGAUUAGACUGCUGUGCAUGCCUACAUGACAUUAUCAGUGCUGAAAAGAUAUAUCGUGCAGCCCUACUCCAAAAUAAGUUUUUGAAUCUCAACUUUUGUUAGAAGAUAUGCUUCUUUUUUCCCUUUUACUUUUUAAGGUUAAUGUGCCAUCAGACCCAGCUGUUUUUUAAUCAUUCCUUCACCCAGUACAGCUCCUUCAAAACUACUUAUAAUGGGGUUUCUAUUUUAUUUAUUUUUUUGCUUGGUGAAGUUAAAAAGUAAAGGUUUUUACUGAUACAGGGACACAGGACUUGGGGCAUACUUUGUAAGGGGUGGUAGUUUGGUACCUUUGGGGCACAUUCUGGUUGAGAGAGCAGGAUGAAGCCAGGCUAGGGGCCUGGGGACUGGGACCAGUUGUUGGGAGAGAGUGGUGAGAGAAAAAUCCCUGUAAGCACCUAGCCCUGAGUGAAGGGAUGAGGGGGAGGGGGGGGGGUGACACACUCAAGCCCCUCUGGUAAUAAACCCCACAACCACACUCCCAACCCCACCCUCCCUUCUCUAUGUGCCUCAAUCUUCCUGCUUAACCAAUUGGUGUUUCUUUUUUACAGCGAUUUGAUCCUGCCCAUGUUGUGCUGAUGGUAAACUUAGUGGUAAAUGUUAUUUUAUCCCCCAAUUGAAUUGUUUUUUUUUUGUUUGUUUUAAUUUCUCCCAUUUUUUGUUUUCCUCUCAUCAGAGCACCAAUGCUACAUAGGCUUUCAAUUCUCUCUAUUAGUCUUCAUUCUGCUGCUUGUAUAUUAUCAUGCAUAUGUAUUACUCUUAGAACAUUGUCAUUAUGUUUGUUUUCAGUUUUUUUUAAAAACCUUGUGAUUCACACCCUGUGAUUUAGAUGCACAUUGUUUUUGUCUGGUCCCUUUCUUUUCCACUGGAAUGGGUAAUGUGGAAGUAUUGUCACUGUGUUUUAAAGAUUGGUGAUAGUUUGGGAUGAUUGUAAUUGUUCAUUAAUCUUUAAUUCUGGGCCUGGCUUGUGACUCCAUUCAGACAGACCACUGCAGUGGCUGAUGAACAGACCAACCCCUUUUUUGGUUUCACUUCUCUAAAGCCGUUGGGCAUAGAGCGUGAACACACACAUCUAUCAGCAGAUAGUCUUGUGAUCUAACAAUCACACAAUCAGUCCUCUCCUCCCACUUCCUCAGUGGGAUAAGGCCUCUACAGUUAUGCAAUCAAUUAGGUUUUCAGCUAAAAGCCCACCCAGCUGGCAGACACUGCAGUGGGACUGAGAGUCCAGGCAGGUCAUUAUAUGUUACAAUGCCCAUGCAUCUAUGAUUUCAGAAUUAAUAUGUCAUUGGGCGAUGAUGACUGAAUUAUUAAAAAAAAAAGAAAAAAAAGAUAUUCAUGUCAAACCAGUUUUUACCUUCCUUUUUCCAGGAAGGUAACAGUGUGCCUCAGUAGCUCAAUUUAAAGUAAUUAGGUCAUAGUUUAAAGGUGCAAUGUGUAGUACUAAUAGAAGCCAGCAUUUCUCCAACCAUACAGUUGGACACGUGUAAUAAAAUGUACAGUUGCCUUUAAAAAAAUCUCCAAUAUUGCCUCAUUUCAUAACAUUAAUGUUAAAGUAGUUCCAAUGUUGUAACUGACCCAUUUUUUUCAGUCAGUCUACUACAGGGUCCAUAUAAUCUUAAGCCUUUACAGUCAUUAGUUACAAAAAAAAGCCAAAUGCUAUACUUGAAUGUUUAGAAAUUUACCAAACUGCUAAAGCUCUGAGACAAUCAAAAUAACUCUGCUAUCUAUAAUCUUAAUACGUGGUGGCAACCUAUAGUUUACGGGGUUUUUAGCUCAGUUUUAGCAAGAACAUAGUAGCAUGAAAACCGCCACAUAAAAAUCAUGUACCAAUGACGGUCGGAAGGUUUUUCAGUGCCGUUUGUGUUGUCAUUAUUUGCACUAAAGAUAGCCAUUUCUUGCCGGUCUAAAAAAGCCAAACCUCUUCUUUUACUCUACAAGAGCUGUCUCCAGCAGCGGAUAGCUACAAUAACUCUUGUUUUAUCACUUCUUGCCUUUGCCACCGAAGAUGGUUUCUUGCUGGGAGCGAGUGGUUGGAAUGGUGAUAAAGGUCGCUUGCCAAGAGCUUCAGCCAUCUUUUGUGUUUACUUUAAUUGGGGUCUGUUCCUUCAACAUGAUUGACAAGCCUUCGACGCAUCCCUACUUAUUUGUCCUCUCAUGUUGGAGUGCAGACUGGGCGCCACAGUAACGCACGAUCUCUUCAAGCAGUAUUGCAGGACAGGAUGGGCUGGGGCUAGCUGGUUAGCAUGCUCAUUUCAGUAGAUAUCUCUGCAAUACAAUACAUAGCCAUCUUGGCGUAACAUCAAGACUGUUCCUUCUUCCUCUUCUAGUUCACUGAUUAUUUUAAACCAAAAUUCUGACCAUAUCUUACACAUUGCACCUUUUAAGGAAGACUAUCAUGCUCAAAAUGUAUCAAUACUAAUGGCUCAUAGUAUUACCAUAGCAGAGCAGUGGAAAAAUAUGAUUUUAGCCAUCUAAAUAAGAAAAUCUACUUUAAACAACUGGUCCUACUUGGCACAGAGAUCACAGCAAUUCAAGUUUGACUGUAUAUUUGCAAAGUCAAUACUUUUAGUUAUUCCAUACGCCCAAUGGUAUACACAUUAAACUGAUUCAUGAAAAAAACAACUAAUAUGUGGGAGGAAAAAAAACUGAAACCAAACUGAAUUGAUAAUCACUAUCAGUAAGAUCGAUUAUUGUAUCUGGCUGGCAACAGGAGCAGCAGAACUAGUCCAAAUUCUUUUUAUGCCUUUUGAGAUUCCCCUGUCUAUCUGUCUGUCUGUCCUCCCCUUCCUUCUCCCCCCACCCAUACCCAUGUUUUACCAGGUAAGUAUCCCCAUCCCUUGCACUGUCACCAUGGCGAUACCUGGCCUGUGACGUCACUCUGCUGUAGUUCAGUGCUUGUGUCCUUUUUUAAUUUUACUGUCUUUCUCUCUGCUUUGUUUGGCUGAUUAUGAGUGGAUUAAGCAAUUCUGUGUCAAAUCUCCAAAGUAGUUUUGAUUUUUUAUAUAUUUUAUAUCUUUAAUGUUUCAUUCUGUUGUUUUGGUUGUCUUUGGUUUGUUUAUUUUUCUACAGUUAAUUUCCUUCCGAUCUAGCUCUUUUCACAGCUUACGUAAUGUUGCCUAAGUAGACAGGAAAAACCAUCUUUCAGCUCUAGUCAUGAUGAGGAAAAGGGGGGGCCUGGGACAAGGGAACAAAUUUGGACCUCGGGAGUGGAAGGGGCUUGCAAGGGUCAGCCAGCCUGCAGACAGUUCAGAAAAUAUGAUGCAAUAGGCCACAGAUAAUAUUGGGAGGCUUUGUUCUCCUCAUGGAGGAUGUCGCAGUGAGCAGAGGCAGCAGCUGCACAGGCCUGUUGCAACUCCCUUCACACACACAAAUACACUAGCGCACCACACACAGUCCUUCAGGCUGUAGCGUCCUUGAUAAACUUGGCGUUCUGGUUUAACGGGACUGCAGCAGUGAACGGGUGGAGGAGGGGUGGUGGGUUGCACGACUUUCACUGAAAAGAUAUGGAAACAGAUUGGCUUAAAGCUGACAGCCUUGUUUCUAGUGAACUUUAUCUUUCUCUGGUAAGACAUAUUGCUGAACAUUGCACAUUGCUGCCCUUGACUUCAUUCACUACAAUAAUUACAGCUAAUUUGACUCAUUCAAAAUGCAAAUCAGCAGCUGGGUCAAAUGUAGGGAAAGCUAGAUAAACUGUUCUAUACUCUGUGGCUGCAGUAAGCUGUGAGAAUGGCUGGUGUUUGGUUCACUGUAGCUUUCUGGUCUCUUUGCACUUCAAGGCAAAAAUUCUCUAACCCCAGCACCCUAUGCUCUAAAAGCAGGCUGUCUCCGAGCUGUCCCCCCCGUCCCAGUCUCAAAAACUCACCUCGUCCUCUCUCUGUCUCUUUUCCCGCAGGACGCACCGACCCUGUGCCCAUUAUCCUCAAAUAUGAUGUCAUGGGGAUGGGACGGAUGGAGAUGGAGCUGGACUAUGCAGAGGACGCCACAGAAAAGAGAAGAGUGCUCGAAGUGGAAAAAGAGGACACAGAAGAACUGCGGCAAAAAUACAAGGACCAGAUGGAAAAGGAGAAAGCCAUUGCAAAGGCUCUGGAAGACCUGAGAGCCAACUUCUACUGUGAGCUAUGUGACAAACAGUACACCAAACACCAGGAGUUUGACAACCACAUUAACUCCUAUGACCACGCUCACAAGCAGAGGCUUAAAGAGCUGAAACAGAGAGAGUUUGCUCGCAAUGUGUCAUCCCGCUCCCGGAAAGGUGGAAAGAAGCAAGAAAAGAUGCUGCGCCGAUUGCAUGAGCUGGCUGAGCAGAGGAAACAACAGGACCGUACUCCAGGAAGUGGGCCUAUGUUCAAAACUACCACAGUGGCCGUGGACGGAGAGAAAUCAGAAGAUGGUGGUGACACGACACCUGAAAACACUGCUUUGACGGACAGUGUCCUCGAAGGAUCAUUGGCAGAAAAACCAGAAGAAGUCUCUCCAAAGCCAGGCCCAACCAUCAGCUUCUCUCUGGGGAAGAACAGCUCUUCUUCCCCAACCUCUAGUAGCGGAUCCAAAGUCAGCGUGUCCUUCUCGUUUGCCAAGAAAGCCCCUGUAAAGCUGGAGACCGCAGCGGCAGUGUUUGCUGAUCAUGGAGAGGAGGCUAUGGAGGAAGAGGAGACUCAGGAGGGAGAAAAGGCUGGAGGGCAAGAGGAGACACCUGCAAGCACAGACAGCCCUAAGGGAGGAUCAGUAGGAGGAUCAGUAGGAGGUGAAGGAGGAGAGAUUGUGGCACCAAUGGAAGAUGUGCAGCAGCCUGAUGAUGGAGCCUCUCUAGCCUCCACUCUCAACAAACUAAAGAUGAUGAUGAAAAAAGAGGAAGGAUAUGCCGGACAGGAGCCGCAGUACUAUCACUAUAUACCUCCAGCUCACUGCCGGGUCAAGCCUCACUUCCAGUUUUUGCUGUUUAUGAAGGCCACUGAUCAGUGUCCGACCAAAGAAGGGGAAGACGAGGAAGAGGUGCAAGAUGAGAAAAAGGUUGAAGAUAGUUCUGAACAGACCCAAACGGAGCCCAAUGUUACACCAGAGUGCAACACUGAAAAAGAACAAGAUAAUGUCGCUUCAUCCCCUGACCCAGAGCCAACUCCUCCAUCACCAAAAGAGAAGACAGAGGAAGUCUCUUCACCCGCAGUGGAUACAACUCCAGUUGUACCCACUUCCCCUACACAAAAAGCGGAGGGCACACAGGAUAAUCCAGAUACCAACUCGGGUCCUAAAAUCCCCACAGGUCCCUUUUUCCCAGUUCUGAGCAAAGAUGAGAGCACUACCCUGCAGUGGCCCUCUGAGCUCCUCGAAUUUACGAAAGCUCAGCCUUCCCUGUCUUACAGCUGUAACCCUCUCUACUUUGAUUUCAAGCUAUCACGCAACAAAGGAGUGCGUGGCGGGAAAGCAGCAAAGUCCCCAAAAGCUUGUGAAGAGUCUGAUGACAAGGGGCAAGAGAUGGCUGCCUCAACAGCUGAAGUUGAUACAGCUACUAAACCUGGGACGAGCACUGACAAAGACAAGCAAAUGAUGAAGGAAGAGCCUGGACAACCAGAAGGUGGUGAGCAAAAGCUUGCAACUGGCAGCAGUAGUGCCAAGAAAAAAAAGAAAAAGAAGAAGCAUAAGAAGUCUGCAAAGCACUCAAAACGCAAAGGAAAAGACAAGGGAGGAAAAGAAGAUGCAGAGGGCGACACUGAAGUGACACAAGAGAAGCCCAAAAAAAAGAAAAAACACAAACGGAAGAAGAGCAAAAACAAAGCUCCAGACCAAGAUGAGGCAGCAGGUGAUGAAAAGGAAAAAGCAAAACCAAAGCCAGAAGAUAAAGCCGUUGUCUCCUCUGUUCAGCCAACAACUGGAGGCGGAGGAACUACGGGAAAUACAGGAGUAGAACCAGGGAAGAGGAAGCGUGCUACUAAGGAAGUGCCUUGCAAGUCUGGAGCAGAGGAAGGAGGAGCUGGGAAAAGCACUGACAAGGUCAACUCCUCGGAGGAGCACAGCGGCACCAAGCGACAAAAGACUGACUCCAGUGCAGCUCAAAGUGCCUCCUGCUCAACCUCAGCCCAAAAGAGUCCGGGUCCUGGGAGACCUCCCAGCAGUGAGAGUGAAGAAGAAGGGGGCUCUAAUACUCAGCGGUCACGUCAUCACAGGUCAAGUCCCCGGGAACAGCGUCGCCACCAUAGUGAAGAGUCAGGGCGCUCCUGCAGCCGUUCUUCAAGACGAGGGGAAAGACGGGGCAGCAGUCGCCGGCGCCAUCGUGGCCAAACCUCCCGUAGUCACUCAUACUCCAGCAGCUCUGAGCGUUCCUCAGCAGGCAGCAGUGCAUACAGCCACCGUAGCCGCAGCUACUCAGACAGCUACAGUGACUACAGUAAAGAGGGCCGCAGACGGAGGCACUCCAAACGUUCGUCAGACUCUGAGUACGAGCGGAGGGGAAGCCGAGGACGUAGACGAUCCAGGAGACAUCAAUACUCCUCUUCCUCCUCAGAAGACUCCCGCUCUCGUUCACGCAGCUACAGCCGCAGGAAGAGACACCGGCGGCACCAUCGGAGCAGCUCCAGAAGCUCUAGUAGCUGGAGCCGCAGCACCAGUGCAAGAUCCUGGAGGCGCAGCUACAGCCGCAGCCACAGUUCCGCCAGCCGCUCCUCCAGUUCCACCAAAGGCUCUCCUCGCCGACGAGGCCCCAGGGCUCGAGUGGAUAGUGACGCACACCGGAGAGACUUCAACCGCUCCUGCAUCUACCGCUCCCAGUCUCCACGAUCAUCUUCAUCAAGAGGCCUUAACCGUAACACCCAUUCAACCAGCUCACAGUCGCUAAGGCCAGGGGGGUCCAGAGAUGCAGGGGAACAGAAAAACUCCCUGACUGCGCGGCAGCUGCUGGAGAAGGUUCAGUCUAAAAAAAGCUCUGAUGAUUCUGCCACAGGAACAAAAUCUGGGCUUAAAAUCAAGGAUCCACCACAGGGAUACUUCGGUCCCAAACUACCCCCGACACUGGGAAACAAAGCCAUGCUGCCGCUCUUUGGUAAGCUGCAGGCAGGGAAGAAACCGGUGAUUCCCCUAACCAGACCUGAUGAGGGUGAGAAAUCAGGAGCAGGGAAGUCCUCUGAGUCAGAAGUUAUCUUGGUUGAGCCUAUAAGGGAGUUCCCCCCUCCACCACCACCUCCAGCUCCACCGGUCCAGAAGGUUGAGGAGGUCCCACAGAUCACAGUGGUGCAAGAGGAGACGCAGCAUCCCGCUGCAGAAGCCCAGGUGCACCAAGAACCCCGACCGUUAUUUGAACAGGAGCCUUCCAUGAUGAUGCCCCAGUACCAAGGAGAACCAGGACAGGAUCCCUCUCAGAACCCCAUGAUGGAGUCUCUCAUGCCAGAAAUGCAGCAGCAGCCUCCAAUGCAUGCGUACCCUGCAUACCCACCACCCAACCUGGAGGAGGAUGGCAUGGAGGCCGAGGAGGAUGGACUGGCUCCUUUAGAGAGUCAGCCCAUCACAUUCACACCAGAGGAGAUGGAGAAAUACAGCAAACUGCAACAGGCAGCACAGCAGCACAUCCAGCAGCAGCUUCUGGCCAAGCAGGUCAAGACAUUUCCAUCUGCUGCGGCAGCUGCAGCCGCCGCCGCGGCAGCUGCCAACCUGGCCCCGGCCCCCCCUCCCCCGACCCUGCAGCAGAUCCACAUCCAGCAGCCCACUGUGUCUGUGGCCUCCGGCACGUCGAUCACCACGGUGCAACACGCCAUCCUGCAGCACCAUGCUGCCACUGCUGCAGCCAUGGGCAUCCACCCAGCACACGCCCACCACCCACACCCUGCACAUGCCCAGUUAGCCCAGGUACACCACAUUCCCCAGCACCACCUCACCCCCAUCUCCCUGUCUCCUUUGGGUCACUCUCUCGGUCAUUCACUUGGACACUCACUAGGACACGCUGGGCUGAUUCCUGCCCACCACACAGCCUUUCUCUCUGGUCAGCCUAUACAUAUCAUCCCAGCUUCUGCACUGCACCACACCCCGUUAGCUCUACACCAUGUACCACAUGCAGCCCUCUACCCCACACUUUUCACGCCCCGGCCCUCACAGGCUGCUGCAGCGGCAGCUCUCCAACUCCACCCACUGCUACACCCAAUCUUCUCAGGGCAGGACCUCCAGCACCCACCCAACCACGGCUCUUGAGUAAUGAUCCAAGUGAAGGAGUAUAGUCACCACACCCAACCACUGGAAGACAGACUUAACCUGACUGUGUUUGGUUCCGGGUUUUAAGAUGAAGUCUUUGCAGCAACAUGCAGGCAGUGAGACAGGAAGCUGUCAAUAAACUACCCUUUUACUGGCCAACACAGUGCAGAAGUUGUAGCCACAAAGUGGUGCUGCCUGUGUUGGAUUCAAAAUUGACACUAAAAUUUUCUUGGCUCAUGUGAAGUUUUUGUUUUUUUAAUGUUUUGCCCUGAAUUUCUAAAACGGGCGUAGAUUUAAAGAGACUUCAAGACAUUAUUUAUAUUCCAGCUUGAGGUAUAUUAACACCACCCUUAUGUUACGUCAGAGAAAUCACUGGAGUUUUUUUUUUUCCACAUAAACAUAUUAUCUCAGUCUUUGCUCAUUUUGGCAGCCAAAGAGAGACGUUAUGGCUGAAGCUAUAUGCUGAAUCAUGUUAAGAGGAGGCGAACAGUUUCAACUCUGAAAUGUAAACUGCAGAGACAGACUACUUCAUUUACUGAUAUUGUUUAUAUUCUCAUGACUACUUGCUCUCUAUAGGAUCAUUGGUCUCAAAUAAUUUGUAAUGCAGUAACUUGUACAUAUAUCAGUGUGUAAUGUGAAGAAUCCCACCAAUGAUGACCAUAAGAAAUAACCAUGGUGUCGAAAUCGGUAUGACGUUGUCACAUAGGAACCCCCUUUGUAAGCAAGGGGAAAUGUGAUGUAGGGGUUUCAAACAUCCCUGAUGCUCUGAGGCAAAGCUCAUGUUCCCUGUGGUGAGGGUGCACCUGAAUAAAUUGCACUGAAAACCUGUACAUCAAGAUGGUGCGUUUGCAUCAUGUAACAAUAAGAUUGUAGUAUACUGCAAUAAUUGUAUUUUUCUGUUUUUAAAUUAUUUUCCAAAAAUGCUCUUCAAAAGAAGCGCUGUGUUUUGCUUUUGUGUAAUUUUGUAAAUAAAACUGCUGUAGAUUAACCUAUUAACAUUUUAGAGGUUUGGUAUUGGAAAAAAGCAGAAUGAUGAAGAUGGAUGGAAGAUGGCCACUUGUAUGUAUUUUAUCAAGUUUGUUUCUAAAUUUGCCCCGGUUAAGAUGGGCUGGGAUGGCAAAAGAUAGUUAUGUCAAAACAGUAGCAACUCUGUAUUUUUUAAAAACUUACUGUUUCAGCAAAUAAAAUCUUGAGUUCA